GGGUAGAUUAUGUGCCGCAAACAAAAAGUGUGUGUCUGCGCGCCAGUCAGCCAGAGCUGCGGCCCCAUCUGUGCGCCUGCGUCUGCUCCUCUGUCUACCUUCAUCCGUCCGCCCCGCCAGCGUCGGCGAGCCUCUGCCGCAGCACUGUCACUUUCACCGCGCCGGGGGGGGGCAUGAACUGAUUCUGGGCCAACCCGGGAGCGCCCCGCCACCUCCACCGAGCCCCCAGCUUGAUUCCGGAGCCGUAUUGUAGUUGCUGCUUCUUCCCGGGACUGUUGACGGUUCUGCGCCGCAGCUGCGCUCUCCAACCGUUUGUGGAUUAUUGCUCAUCCUGGUCGACGCAGAGUGGGACAUGGAGGAGUCCGGCUCUCAGAAGCUGGUCUGGGACGGGGACGCCAAAGCGGUGCAGCAGUGUCUCACCGACAUCUUCACGAGCGUCUUCACCACGUGCGACAUCCCCGCGCACGCCAUCUUCGGGCCGUGCGCGCUCAGCCACACGUCCAUGUACGACAGCAUCGCCUUCCUCGCGCUCAAGUCCACCGACAAGCGCGCGGCUCCGUACAUCUUCAGGGUGGACACGUCCGCGGCCAACAGCACCUCGGAGGGUCUGAUGUGGCUGCGGCUGGUCCAGUCCGCUCGGGACAAGGAGGAGCAGAACCUGGAGGCCUACGUGAAGAACGGGCAGCUCUUCUAUCGCUCACUUCGACGCAUCGAGAAGGAUGAGGAGCUGCUGGUCUGGUAUGGCACGGACCUGAUCGACCUGCUGCUGCUCAGCUCCAGCAGGGCCCCCGCAAAGAGUAAAGCUUCAGCCCAUCACACCUGCCCAGACUGCAACCAGCGGUUCCAGUUUGAGUUUCCCUUCUUGGCCCACCUGCGGUUCCGUUGCUCCAAGAGACUGCAGGGCGGCGGCUCAGCAGACGAGGAGUCCGGCAGAGACAGAAGCACAGAGCACGCAAACAGCCCCCCACCCAGGACCAGCCCAAAGCUGGGCCGCUCCGAAGGCUUUGGAAACCCUCAGGACAGCACCAAGCCCUCCACCGACUUCCACAACCUGGCCCGGGAUCUGGAAAAGAACCGAACCAGCCCGCCGAGCGACAAGGAGGCCGAGAUCUGCAGCGAGAGCUCAGGGAAGAGGAAGUUCUCGGACGUAGAUGAGCGAGAAAGCCGAAGGCCGGGCCUCCUGCAGACCAAGUCCAAAGACGAGCUGGAAGCUUCUGCUCAGAACUACAGAGGAGUUUACAGCUUAGAGGAGAACCAGAGGUCCUUCUCCCCGCCAGGCUCAACGGAUCCUGGGGAGGCCAAGCGCAGCGCCUUCACAGAGGUCCGGAAGCCCCCUCAGAACCCAAAACACCACAGCAGCACCAGGAACUCUGAAAACAAAGAGGGAGGCCGCCCCAGCGGGAAUCCUCCUGAGAAGAACCUGGGCAUCAGGCAGGUGCUCUCUGAGACGCAGCCGCCGCAGAGCUUGUCCCUGGGCAGCGCUUUUACCUCCGUCAGCCAGCAGGGCGGCGGCAGCGGUGGCGAGAGGAAGAGCGCCUUCAGCCAGCCGUCCCGCUCCUUCUCGCAGAUUUCCCCCCUAGUGAUGCCCCCGAAGCUGCUGGACUGCCACCCAGCGGUGGGUGACACCAUCUCCUCCAGCAGACUCUACCAGGCGGACCACCUGGCCGCCAAGCUGCAGGGCGCAGAGCUGGGAGCCAACUGCCCGGUGCCGGGCGCUAUGAGCAAGCAGAACCCCUUCGUCUACGCCACUGCCUUCUGGCCCAAGAACUCUGGACCCAUCCAGCUUCAGAUGCCCUCCGCCCUCACCCUGUUGCCCCCCUCCUUCACCUCCCUCUGCCUGCCGGCACAGAACUGGUGUGCCAAGUGCAACGCCUCUUUCCGCAUGACCUCAGACUUGGUUUACCACAUGCGCUCGCACCAUAAAAAGGAAUACGCCAUGGAGCCUCUGGUCAAGCGGCGGCGUGAGGAGAAGCUCAAGUGCCCCAUAUGCAACGAGUCCUUCCGGGAGCGGCACCACCUGUCACGGCACAUGACCUCCCACAACUGAGUUUAGGACUCCGAGGACCGGGACCCGCCUGGAUUUAGGCUCCUACUGGAGACCGAACACUCAAAGCCACCAAACCCCCUUUGCACCUGUCUUCAGUUUGGACACGCCCCUCACACCUGUCCGUUUCCUGUUCCUCCCCUGUGAAACAGACCAACGUCCAGUUUUGAGUAUGUGCAAAUGCAUUUGGACUUGAAAAGGAAUCUAUUUAUGACGCACCGAAGGGAAGAUUUAAAUAUGUGUAAAUGUACAGUAAGUUGUAUUUUAUAUCAUGAAAAUGCAAAUAUGGAGAUGAGUUACGCCACCGUCACACGUCGUCAUGGUUUACAGCCCAGCCAGCAUUUUCAUGCUUUACUAUCGAUAUGGACACAAAUUGGGAAUUUUAUGUCGGACUAUAUUUGCGUGCAUGUAAUAUGAGAUAUUGAUUUAAGAUGCAGUCUAUACAUUACAAUGUGAUGAAUUGGUUUUAUUUGAAAAAACAAAGUGUCAUAUUUUGUGUCAGUGGGGAAUAGUUUCAGUGUGUUCUUCCUUUUUGCAGAAAUUUACUACUCGAUAGUUUAUCUAAUUUAUGUUAAAUGCAUUGACAAUAAAAUAGAUUUAUUUUCA